AUUUGCUUCGGCGCGGGCCGCCUCUAGUCCCUAUCCGGUCGCUUCUAUCGGAUGACAUGUCGCAUUGCACGACCUUGUUCUCGCCCUCGUUGUGUGGGUGGUGGUGUGGCUUCUUAUUUUUCUCUGGAUUCUACCUACUCUUCUUCUUGCUGCGGGUGGUGGAAGAGGAGUUGGGAGGGGGAUGUCCAGGGCCCUUCAAUCGGGCUAUUUCUUUGCGUCUUCUCCCCUUGUUCUCGACGACAACAACUGGUUUUCUCGCGGUUUCCGUCGUGCAGAGUAACCCAUCGGGACUUGAUCUGCACCCAUAUGAUUGUUACUUCCUCAAAAGUCGUGACUCGAGCACGCUAGCUUUGGCUCAGGGGAUUGGCUGUCUAAGUUGACACGAUGGAGAGAAUUUUGUAACUCGUAGCUUUUGGGAGGUGGUACUCGGAUGUGAAUAGUAAGUCUUACAGUGCGAUGGUGGUCGAGGCUCCUGACUGGGGCAGCUGGGCAAGAUGGUU